CACGCCUCCUCCAGAGUUGUCAACAGUCAGUUCAAGAUGGCCGCGCUGCCGAUGGUGAGGGUCGCGCUGCUCAUCGCCUUCUCGGUGUUUCUGACGCUCGUCCUGGGCUUCGGCUUGCCGUCUGUGCUCAACCUGUUCGCGCGAUGCUGCGGUUUCCCGGAGGCGAGCGUCACCGAGAGCAUAGUGCUGCUGUACGCGCUGUUCGUGCUGUACGUGGCCGUGCCGCGUCUGCCCCGCGGGACAGUGAAGGUCGAAGGGAAAGCUGUGCUCAUUACCGGCUGUGACACUGGAUUUGGACUGGCUCUGGCCAAGCACUUUCACAAGCUCGGCUUCACCGUGUUCGCAGCUUGUCUUUUUAGGGACGGAGACGGCGCCAAGGAGCUGGAGGGCCUUCGUUCGGAGAAGAUGAAGGUGGUGCAGAUGGACGUCUGCAGCGAGGAGCAGGUCUCUCAGGCCGUUCAGUUCGUGACCUCUAACCUGGACCACCCAGAGAAAGGUCUGUGGGCUGUGGUCAACAAUGCUGGUAUCUCCACAUUCGGUGAGGUGGAGUUCACAACCAUGGACACAUACAAGCAGGUUUCAGAGGUCAACCUGUGGGGCACCGUCAGGGUAACCAAAGCCUUCCUGCCUCUGAUUCGCAGGGCUAAAGGUCGCGUGGUAAACAUCGCCAGCAUGUACGGCAGAAUGGGAAACGCUCUCCGAUCCCCUUACUGUGUAUCCAAAUACGGAGUGGAGGCUUUUUCUGACUGUCUUAGGUAUGAAAUGAAGGUUUGGGGCGUCAAAGUUUCUGUUGUUGAGCCAGGAAACUUUAUUGUGGCCACGGGCAUCCUGACACGGGACAUAGUCACCACAACAGCAGAGAAGCUCUGGAAGGAGGCGCCCCCUGUUGUCCAGGAGGACUAUGGGAAGGCUCACUUUGAGCAGUACAUGGCUCUCAUGCGCUCGUAUUGCAACAGCGGCCAGCGAGAGAUCGAGCCGGUUUUAGACGACAUCACAGACGCCAUCACGUCCAAGCGGCCGUACACACGGUACAACCCCAUGGAGCCUCACUGGUGGAUCCGCAUGCAGAUAAUGACCCACCUUCCUUCGGCCAUCUCAGACAGACUCUACUUCUAACGAGAUGGCCGCUUUCAAUAUAUUCGUCACAGGGUGAACCAAUGAAUUGGUGUACGCCAACGUAAUCACAAAAAAACAAUCAAUUUCAAAAAAAGAAUCGCGCAAAUCUCUUAUAUUAUAAUGCAAGUAAAACUAUAUGCGAUAGUCGACGUUAUUUUGAUGACCGUUUUUCUUCAGGAGGUUUUUAGCUAAAACCGUGGUCUUCAAUAUACCUGUAUAUUGUCAGGAGCCUCUGGUAUUAAUUUUGUGUUCCUUGAUAUGGUUUUUGUGAUGUUAAAGGAGUAGUUCACCCAUUUAUUUAGAUCCUAACCUGCACAAAGGACUCUAUUUUGAGGAACGUUUAUAACCAGGCUGUUUUGGGUCACCAUUGACUGCCGUGGAAACAGCCUGGUUACAGCUUUCUUUGAAAUACCUCCUUUUGCGUUCAGCAGGACAAAGAAAGGUUUGGAGCUACUCGAGGGCGAGUAAAUGACGACCCAUGAGUAAAACCCACAGCAAAUUUUCACUUUUGAGUUAAACGUAUGCACUUUGAUUCACUUUAUCGUAUUUUAGGCAAUUUUGGAAACCGUUUCGAUUCGCUUACGCAGAUAUUUCCAUAGAGCGAUCGCGAAACCCCCCGGGAGGCCAGAAAAGCAGCGUUAUACAGCCCGUCCCGGCUGGCUGCUGAUGUGGCAGAUGUGUGGCUCUUUUCAUUGAGAGGACGAAACCACAGAUGAACAAAAGAGGAUUCCUGUGGUUCUGUCACUGCUUUCUGAGGAGAAACAAUAAGAUUGAGGGGCUGAAAGGGUUGGAGGGUCAUCGCGUAUUCCUUUACGAGCAUUCCUUCCAAGAAUCUCAAUGAUUCAGUAUUGAGGUAUUAUGGGAUCACUUGCCAUCCACUUUAACAAACUAUGUGCUGAAACAUUGUUAAUCUCAGCAUUCAGAAAGCAUGCAUAUGCGGCAUCUCAGUUUGCAUGGUAAUUUAUUGCUUUAUGCAAUAAAACGAUGUCCUUUUUUGCACGUGGUGGGACUGGCUAUAUUUAAAAUAGCACACUAGCAUACUAUUCUUACUGUUGCUGCAGUAUGUACUAAAGUAUGUAUGCAAAAGUUUGGGGUCAGUGUGGUUUAAUACGAGUCUCUUCUGCUCAUCCAGGCUGCAUUUACUUGAUCAAAAGUACAGCAUUAAUGCAAAAUAUUACAAUUUAAAAUAUAUUCUUACAUUUUUACGGGCUGAUUUGCUGCUUAAGACACAUGUCUCAAUGUUAAAACAGCUGCUUAAUAUUUUUGUGUAAACUAAUAAUUUUUUUAUGAUUCAUUGAUGAAUAGAAAGUUACAAAAAAAAAUAUAUAUAUAUAUAUACACACAUUAUAAAAGCCGUCACCUUUGGUCAGUUCAAAUCAAAAAACCUACCAACUCCUAACCUUUGAAUGAACUAAUCCACAAAAAAAAAAAAAAAUUGGAAUUAGAGCUAAGAUUGUGUCUAUCCCACAAUUCAAUGCACUCUACUUGACCUUCUAUCCAGAGUGAUGGGAGCAAUACUCGCUUAUUUGAUAUCCGUUGAAUUUCUCACAUUUGGGAAAAAGCAUGAAGGUAAUAUUUGGAACCUGCUAAAUUAAUCCUUUAUUAAUUUCACAUUCUACAGUUGAAAUGUAUAUAAUAAAGCCUUACUGCUUUACUCACUCUGAAAAAGUACAAGCGUGCCAUUUAUACUGCACAGUAGUAAGAUAGUAUACAAUUUUGAACAUAGCCAGAAUGAUAGAAACAACCACAUUACAAAAUCCUGAACCGGAAAGUGCGUGGAAGCACUAAAGCCUCUACAUAAAUGUAUUACUAUAUUUAUACGUUAUUUUUUUCCAUUUUGAAAUUUGAGGAUUAUACAAUUAACAACUGCUGAUAGGAAUCGUUAGCCUAAACACCUCGUAUGUAGUGUGACAUUUGGAAACACUAGGAUUUGGGAUUCACCCAUGCUGAAUUUACAACCUGUAUACAGAAAGAUGGAUUGCGUCGAAACAGGAAUUACAUCAAAAGUUGGCCACCAGAGGGAGCAGCUGAGUUGGCAUCUGUAGCCAUCAACCUCUUAAAAGUACAACACUAACAGUAUUAUCAAAUGUUAUGCAUUUGCUCUCUCGCUGUAAUUGCCAAUAAGUACCAAGUGUUUGCAUGGCUUUCUUGCUCGAUUUCCUGUGAAUGUGGAAAGCAGUAAAGCGUAUGCGAGUUUCUGGGUAUUCUUCAAGACUAGUUCAGAAACGUUCAUUACAGCUUGCCUUAUAUUUAAUAGAACCUACAUUGCAAUGUGAUAAUACAGUAUGCACAGCAAUUAGUCUUCUAAAAUAUUUUAGGGAUUUUCAGUGGCUUUGGUUGCAUAAUCAUGGAGAGUACAUUUAUGUAUUUAGGGAACUACGCAUACGCAAGCAAUUUGGUUCGUAAUGGUCAUACCUCUGUUCUCGAUCACGUCUUUCUCUUUGUAUAGAUGACAUGUUUCACAUGGUUUCAGUAUGAAUAUCGCCUCUUUCUUAUCUUGUCUCACACACAGCAUGUGUAACGUCAUUAUGAUUCUCAGCAGGUCCUUAUUAAUAACAUUUCAUAGCAGUGGAACAAAAUCGUGCACAAUAUCAUUUCAAAUGACAUUCACUCGUCAAGCCUAUAUAUAGUUUUAACCUCUGAAAUUGAGACACCACAUUUAUGCUCUGGAUGACAUUAAAGAGAUGUUUAAAUUGA